AUGCUCUCAGCAUUCACUGCUCAGCCCAUAGUCGAGCUGAAGCAACGCGACAAGUCAAAAAUCGAGUCUAUACUUUCUCACAGCGACCAGCUACUUGUUGGCCUUAACACCGGCGCCCUCCGCAUAUACAGAGUCAAAAGUCCUCCAUCACGUCCCACUGAUUCUGACAACGAUCAUGAAGAGCACAGGCCCACGACCGAUGGACCAACUGCGACGCCUAAGCCCUCGGAACUGCUACGGGAGUACGAGAAGUUUUCAAAAUACAAGAUCGAACAGCUAGCUGUUUUCCGUGAAGCGAACAUCCUGAUCUCUCUGAGCAACGGCCUUGUCUCCAUCCAUGACCUAGGCACCUAUGAACUCAAUGAACAACUCACCAAAACGAAAGGAGCCAGCACCUUUGCCGCCACAAGCAACAUUGUCAAGGAUUCCUCAACUGGUGUGCCUACCCUCGUUAGCAGGUUGGCAGUUGCGGUCAAGAGAAGGCUGCUCAUUUGGACAUGGCAUGAUGGAGAGCUUGACGGUGACGCUGCCGAGGUUGCCCUCUCACACAGCAUCAAAUGCUUGACCUGGGCAACGGGUACAAAGGUUAUUGCCGGGCUGAGUGCAAACUAUGUCCUUGUCGACAUUGAGUCUCACCAGGUGAAGGACAUUGUCGGUCCUGGCAGUAUUGGUGGUGCCCCUGGCCAAGAGGCCAGUAGGCUGGGAGGGACAAUGAGCUACAUCGGUAUGGGUUCGAUGGUCCCAGCACCACUCGCAACCGGUCUCGGAGAAAACGAAAUGCUGCUGGCCAAGGACGUCAACACCCUCUUCACUGACCGCAACGGAGAACCCCUUCCUCGACGCCAGGUUCCGUGGCGUGUGGCUCCUCAUGCGGUUGGAUAUUCAUACCCUUACCUUCUCGCCUUGCAAGAUGCUACAAAAGGUGUAUUGGAAGUCCGCAACCCCCAAACACUGACCUUACUUCAAUCAAUUGAUCUUCCCGGUGCGGUCCUGCUUCAGGUCCCAAAUCCGAACAUCAGUCUUGCCCAUCAAGGGAAAGGAUUUCUGGUUGCCAGUGAACGUGUUGUUUGGAGGAUGCAAGGGCUGAAUUACGAUGCCCAGAUUGAUUCUUUGGUUGACGGCAGUCAACUAGAUGAGGCAGUCAGCUUAUUGGAGAUGAUAGAAGAGACCCUCAUCAAAAACAAAGCUGGGCGGUUGCGUGAGAUCAAGAUGCAGAAGGCCCAGCGCCUGUUCGACGAAAAGAGAUUCAGAGACGCACUUGACCUGUUCGGCGAGGUCUCUGCCCCCCCUGAGCGUGUCAUAAAGUUAUAUCCCGCAGUCAUCGCAGGUGACCUUGCGCAUGAGGAACGUGAUGGUGCCGUGGAAAGGGAAGCGGAGCAAAAGGCCGACGAUAGCGCCCGAACAACGCUCAAAAAGACGGAUAUUGCCUUCAGCCCUACAAAAAAGACAAAGACGGUUCCCUCAGAGGCUGACGCGGGAAGCAUACGGAGUGUGAAAACCGCAGACCGUGCAGGGGUUGAAGGCCUCUCGGAAAAGGAACUUAAAACCGCUGCUCGAGAACUGCAGGCAUUCCUUGCCGAUGUCCGCCGACGAUUGCAACGAUUCUUCAACCCGGAUCAGACGGUGCGCAGUCUAUCUGAAGUCCAAGUUGCCGCCCAAUCCGAGGAUAUCCGGCAGAUUACAGAACAUCUUCUUGGGCUACCCACGCUGGAUGAUGUUGAUCUUGCCGACAAGCUACGGGACGUGGCCAAGCUUGUUGACACCACCCUUUUCCGCGCGCAUAUGUAUGCCACGCCCUCGCUCGCCGGAUCGCUCUUCCGCAUCCCCAAUUUCUGCGAUCCUGAAGUUGUGAUGGCAAAGCUAGAAGAGACAGAACGCUACAAUGAUCUGAUCGAGUUUCUGUAUGGGAAAAGACUGCACAGACAAGCGCUGGAGAGACUGCGAAAGUUUGGACAAGCCGAAAAGACCGAAGAUAUCGAUCCCCAGCUGCAUGGGCCUGCAAGAACGGUAUCAUACCUUCAGAAUCUGGGGCCCGAUCUGAUUGACAUGAUACUAGAGUUUGCUAGGUGGCCGCUGGAGACAGACCCGGAAAUGGCCAUGGAGAUAUUUUUGGGCGACACGGAAAACGCAGAAUCACUUCCACGGGAGAAAGUACUCGCAUUUCUCGAGGACAUCAAUAUAGACCUAGCACUGCGGUAUCUCGAACAUGUGGUGGACGAGCUGGACGAUCUGACGCCUGAACUGCAUCAGCGGCUGGCCGCGCUCUACCUUGAACGCUUGAAAGACUCCACCGCAACGAACCGAGACGAGCUCCUGGAUAAAUUCCUAACAUUGUUGAGGACAUCUGAUCAGUAUUCUCCCGCAAAGACCCUGGGGCUACUACCUCGGGAUGAUCCGACGUUCUAUGAAGCUCGGGCCAUUGUUUUCAGCAAGAUGGGAAAUCACAAGCAAGCUCUGGAGAUCUAUGUCUUCAAACUGCAUGACCCAGGCAAAGCAGAGGAAUAUUGCAAUCAGACUCAUCUCGAGGCAACCGGCAAAUACUCCAGCAAGUCAGUUCCUCGUCGGAGACCUUCAACCACCGACCCAGUUGAUGAGGAACCAUCUAUCUAUCAUAUUCUCCUGAAUCUCUACCUGAAUCCUCCCAAAGGGGAGCAGGCGCUGUUCGGGCCAGCCAUUGAGUUGAUGGCCCGCCACGGACCCAGGUUACCAGCUAGUUCGACAUUGGAGCUGAUCCCUGAAGACCUGCUGGUGAAGGAGCUAGAGUUCUACUUCCGUGGAAGGAUACGGAAUGCCAAUACUAUCAUGAACGAGGCGAUGAUAGUCUCGGGGCUGAGAAAAGUGGACGCCGUUCGAGUGCAGGCUGCCUUGCUACUUGGGGAGGGCGUCCAUUCAGGCGGUCGAGGGCGCAAAGUGAGGAUCGAUGAAGACCGAGUGUGUGGUUUCUGCUAUAAGCGACUUGGUGGCAGUGUGAUCAGUGUAUUUCCCGAGUGA